GCGCGUUUGACAGCGCAGCGCAGCGCAGCGCAGCGCGCCGCUGUUGUUCUCCCGAGAGCCGCUAGGGGCGCUAUGUGCACCGCGCACUCUGGACAUACCGCCCGAGAUUCCCAGUUAAACUUUUACUUUUCGAGCAGGGCGAGUAAACUUCGUUUCCUCUGGUGGUUCACCCGUUGCAGCGCUCUCGGGAAAAGAGAUCAUCAUGUCCUCCGUCAAGCUGGAGUGCGUGGUGAGGGAGAGGAACCAGAUUGGGGAGAGUCCCGUGUGGGAGGAGAAGGAGGGCACUCUGCUCUUUGUAGACAUCUUUGGACCAAGGGUGAGCAGGUGGAACCCGGUGACCAAUGAGACACGGAGCCUGGCCACAGAGAUGUUUGUGGGCGCUGUGGUGCCGCGGAGGUGCGGCGGCUACGUCAUUGCGGAGGGAACCCGCUUUUCCGCCGUCGACUGGGAGAAACAAACCAUCGCGCCUCUUGCUCAUAUCGAUCAGAACAAGGACAAGAUCCGCUUAAAUGAUGGCAAAGUGGACCCCGCUGGCAGGUUUUUCGCAGGGACCAUGAGCAUCGAGAUCAAGCCUGGAGUGCAGGACAUGAAGGAAGGCGCUCUGUUCAUGCUCCAGCCCGACCACACCGUGGUGAAGCACUUUGACCAGGUGCACCUAUCCAACGGCCUCGACUGGUCUCUGGACCACCGGACUUUCUACUACAUCGACAGCUUCUCGUACAAAGUGCAGGCCUUUGACUACGACAUCGUGUCGGGGAGCGUCCGUAACGGGCGCGUGCUGUACGCCUUGGAGAAGGACGAAGGCAUCCCUGACGGCAUGUGCAUCGACACGGAGGGCAAACUCUGGGUCGCCUGUUUUGACGGCGGCCGCGUGAUCCGCAUUGACCCCCAGACGGGUACAAGGAUCCAGACGGUCAAACUGCCGGUAGACAAGGUGACGUCCUGCUGCUUUGGGGGGAAGGAUUACUCUGACCUCUAUGUGACCACGGCCUCGUACGGCAUGGACGACCAAGCGAUUGCCAGACAGCCUGAAGCCGGAUACAUAUUUAAGGUUACUGGCCUGGGAGUGAAAGGAAUUCCACCAAAUUCAUUUGCAGGAUAGAAUUAGACUCAAGAGAGCAAAUAUCUAAAUCUUUAAAUACAGUGUAUUCAGGUUUUAAAAAAAAUUAAUUCUGUUGAUUUAGCUGAUACUUCUCCUUUUAAGGACGGUCGCACUGGAUAGUCAGACUAUUGAGGUUAAACCGCAGAUUAACUGGUUCGUGUGAAACGGAGCUCAUGUUAGCGGGUGAGGUCAUCUCGGGUGACCCAGGGUUGGCAUGCCGAUGAAAGGUGCGAGCUGCACCGAUGAUGAAAUGAUGGAUUAUUUAGAACCUGCCCGAACUGUUUGUAGAAGAUGAGUAAGCAUGUGUUGUGUACAAUGUGAUGUCAGGGCCAGGCGGCUCCCUGUCACACGCAGUCAGCGCGUGCACUGGCUAGCGCGCUGCGCACCGUCACUGCCUAAAUCUGUCACUCCACUCUACAUGUCUUAUAAUGAGGAUGAACCAUGUACUGCAAUGGGGCAAAAGUGCCGGUGACCUACAGUGUGAUGUUGAAAAAGAUUAAAGGCAAG